AUGGAGGACCAACGGCCGGGAGGAAACCCGGCCCAGAGCCGGCGGCGGGAGGGCAAAGCCCAUCCCGAGACGCGCCAAAAACACCACGGGGCAGCCAAGGCCGCGCGACCGGAGACAGAGACGCGCGGGGGUUGGGGGGGCAGGGCACGGCCCGGCCCCCCCCAAAAAGCCCCGGAUCAACCCUCGGACCCGCCUCUCGGCGACGUGGCGGGGAGGUCAGGCGGAAGAGAAACGCCGGAAUGCGUGCAAGCACUACACGGGGCGUCGGGGGGGGGUGGGACGGGGGCGGUGGCAGCCGGGAUCGCCGGGGGGGAGGAGGAGGAGAAGGCGCGUGGUGGGGGGAGCAGGCCGGGGAAAGGAACGGCCAAGCCGCCUGACCCCGGUCCCUCGGAUGCCAUCCACACUCCCCCAGAGCAGCCUCUCUCUCCGCUUUCCUCCCACCCCCGGGUGACCCGACAAGGGCACCAACCCCCGGCCAGGCACGGCGACUACCAUCGAAAGUUGAUAGGGCAGACGUUCGAAUGGGUCGUCGCCGCCACGGAGGGCGUGCGAUCGGCCCGAGCGAGGACCGACGACGGGCCGCCCGACAACUCGACCGAGGGCACAAGCGGCGCGGGGCCGCACCGCGGCGUCGCGGAGGGACGAGGGGGGAAGCCCCAAGCUCCCCCACCACCACCACACCCCAGACACGGACCUCCCCCUCGACGGCCCGGGGCACCGAGCAGUCACGUCGGGACCGGCCGACACGCGCGCGCCCUCGCUCGAGCGGACAGGAGAGGGGUGGCAACGAGGGCCAAGGCCCAAGGCCCCUCCCCCCCACCCACCCAGGAGCGGCACGGCUAUGACGGCCGGCCCGCAGCGGCUAGCCGGGUCCCGACUCGCGCUCAGGGGGACACCCGAGAAGCACAUCACCCAGGGACACCCGCCCGGCCACGGCGGCCAGGGGGUGACACCCACACGAGGGGAGAGACAGCGGCUGACAACCCCGGGAGGGAGAACGCCUGA